GUGGGGCCCGGCACAGUGCCUCACAACCCUCUCAUAGGCUUCCCCACUGGAGGACGCGAGGCCCACACGACCCCCGGCCGGGCCAUGACCCCCUGGCGCAAAACUGACAAGGAACGGCACGGCGUGGCCAUAUACAACUUUGAAGGCAAUGGAGCUCCCCAGCUUUCCCUACAGAUUGGUGAUGUGGUGCGGAUACAGGAGACCUGUGGAGAUUGGUAUAGGGGCUACUUGAUAAAGCACAAAAUGUUGCAGGGCAUUUUCCCCAGAUCUUUUAUCCAUAUCAAAGAUGUGACAGUCGAAAAAAAAAGAAAUACAGAGCACAUCAUCCCUGCAGAAAUCCCUCUAGCCCAGGAAGUCACAACAACACUCUGGGAAUGGGGCAGCAUCUGGAAGCAGCUGUAUGUGGCCAGCAAAAAGGAGCGUUUCCUGCAGGUGCAGUCCAUGAUGUACGACUUGAUGGAGUGGAGGUCUCAGCUCCUCUCAGGAACUCUACCCAAAGAUGAGCUGAAGGAACUGAAGCAGAAAGUCACGUCCAAAAUCGACUAUGGCAACAAAAUCCUUGAGCUGGAUCUAAUUGUCAGAGAUGAGGACGGUAACAUCUUGGACCCUGAUAAUACCAGUGUCAUCAGUUUAUUCCAUGCCCACGAGGAAGCGACUGAUAAAAUCACGGAGCGAAUCAAAGAAGAAAUGACGAAAGACCAGCCAGAUUAUGGAAUGUAUUCCCGCAUCUCCUCAUCCCCCACCCACAGCCUGUAUGUCUUCGUGAGAAACUUUGUGUGCAGAAUUGGGGAAGACGCUGAACUCUUCAUGUCACUCUACGACCCCAACAGGCAAAUGGUCAUCAGUGAGAACUACCUGGUGCGAUGGGGCAGCAGGGGCUUCCCGAAGGAGAUCGAGAUGCUCAACAACCUGAAGGUGGUUUUCACGGAUCUUGGAAACAAAGACCUCAACAGGGAUAAAAUUUACCUGAUUUGUCAAAUAGUGCGCGUUGGGAAGAUGGAUCUUAAGGACACCAAUACGAAGAAGUGUACUCAGGGCCUGAGGAGACCAUUUGGAGUGGCAGUUAUGGAUAUAACAGACAUCAUCAAGGGGAAAGCAGAGAGCGAUGAGGAAAAGCAGCACUUCAUACCCUUUCACCCGGUCACAGCUGAGAACGACUUCCUUCACAGUAUGCUGGGCAAAGUCACAGCCUCCAAAGGUGACAGCGGAGGGCAAGGGCUCUGGGUGACCAUGAAGAUGCUCGUGGGUGACAUCAUUCAGAUUCGCAAAGAUUAUCCCCACCUGGUGGACAGGACCACUGUGGUGGCCAGGAAGCUGGGCUUCCCUGAGAUCAUCAUGCCAGGGGAUGUCAGGAACGACAUCUACAUCACACUCUUACAAGGUGACUUUGACAAGUACAACAAGACCACGCAGAGGAAUGUGGAAGUGAUCAUGUGUGUGUGCGCAGAAGAUGGCAAAACGCUGCCUAAUGCAAUUUGUGUGGGAGCUGGGGACAAGCCCAUGAAUGAGUAUCGCUCCGUCGUUUACUAUCAGGUCAAACAGCCACGCUGGAUAGAAACAGUCAAGGUGGCUGUCCCUAUUGAAGACAUGCAGAGGAUCCACCUGCGAUUCAUGUUUCGACAUCGGUCAUCUCUAGAAUCUAAAGAUAAAGGAGAAAAGAACUUUGCUAUGUCCUAUGUGAAGCUGAUGAAAGAAGAUGGAACCACUCUGCAUGAUGGGUGCCACGACUUGGUUGUCCUCAAGGGGGACAGCAAAAAGAUGGAGGAUGCCAGUGCUUAUUUGACUCUUCCUUCAUAUCGACACCACGUGGAAAAUAAGACAGCCACCUUGAGUAGAAGCUCCAGCAGUGUUGGGGGGCUCUCUGUCAGCUCGCGGGAUGUUUUCUCCAUUUCUACCUUGGUGUGUUCCACAAAGCUCACCCAGAAUGUGGGCCUACUGGGAUUGCUGAAAUGGCGCACGAAGCCUGAACUGCUACAGGAGAAUUUAGAAAAAUUGAAGAUUGUAGAUGGAGAAGAAGUGGUAAAGUUCCUCCAGGACACCCUGGACGCUCUAUUCAACAUCAUGAUGGAACAUUCUCAAAGCAAUGAGUAUGACAUCCUCGUCUUUGAUGCUUUGAUCUACAUAAUAGGGCUCAUUGCAGACAGGAAAUUUCAGCAUUUCAACACUGUCCUGGAGGCUUAUAUUCAACAACAUUUCAGUGCUACACUGGCUUACAAGAAGCUGAUGACAGUGCUGAAGACAUACUUGGAUACCUCCAGCAGAGGGGAGCAAUGCGAGCCCAUCUUGAGAACCCUGAAAGCUCUGGAAUAUGUGUUCAAGUUCAUUGUUCGGUCGAGGACAUUAUUUUCACAGCUUUAUGAAGGCAAGGAACAGAUGGAGUUUGAAGAAUCCAUGAGACGGCUCUUUGAGUCCAUCAACAACUUGAUGAAAAGCCAAUAUAAGACCACUAUCCUUCUGCAGGUGGCGGCUUUGAAAUAUAUCCCAUCUGUCCUCCAUGAUGUGGAAACCGUCUUUGAUGCAAAGUUACUCAGCCAACUCCUCUAUGAGUUCUACACAUGCAUUCCUCCAGUCAAACUCCAGAAGCAGAAAGUGCAGUCCAUGAAUGAGAUCGUCCAGAGCAACCUUUUUAAAAAGCAAGAAUGCCGGGACAUUCUACUGCCCGUCAUCACCAAGGAGCUGAAGAAGUUGCUGGAGCAGAAGGAUGAGGCACAGCACCAAGUCCCAGAGAAGAAGUGCUGCGUGGAGUUGCUCAACAGCAUCUUAGAGGUCCUCAGCUGUCAGGAUGCGGCCUUCACCUAUCACCACAUCCAGGAGAUUCUGGUCCAGCUGCUUCGCACGGUGAACAGGAUGGUCAUCACCAUGGGUCGAGAUCAUGCUCUGAUUAGUCAUUUUGUGGCAUGCAUGACAGCCAUCUUGAAUCAGAUGGGUGACCAGCACUAUUCCUUCUACAUUGAGACCUUCCAGACCAGCUCAGAACUUGUGGAUUUCUUGAUGGAGACCUUCAUUAUGUUCAAGGACCUCAUUGGGAAGAACGUGUACCCAGUAGACUGGAUGGCCAUGAGCAUGGUCCAGAACAGGGUCUUCCUGAGAGCUAUCAACAAGUUUGCAGAAACAAUGAACCAGAAGUUUCUGGAACACACAAACUUUGAGUUCCAGCUGUGGAACAACUAUUUUCAUCUGGCCGUGGCAUUUAUCACUCAGGAUUCUCUGCAGCUGGAGCAGUUCUCGCAUGCCAAGUACAACAAAAUUCUGAAUAAGUAUGGGGACAUGAGACGGUUAAUUGGCUUCUCCAUCCGUGAUAUGUGGUACAAGCUGGGCCAGAACAAAAUCUGCUUUAUCCCAGGCAUGGUGGGUCCUAUAUUAGAGAUGACACUUAUCCCUGAGGCUGAGCUCCGGAAAGCCACCAUACCAAUCUUCUUCGACAUGAUGCUGUGUGAAUAUCAAAGGAGUGGAGAUUUCAAAAAGUUUGAAAAUGAAAUCAUCCUCAAGCUGGACCACGAGGUGGAAGGAGGCCGCGGGGAUGAGCAGUACAUGCAGUUGUUGGAGUCAAUCCUGAUGGAGUGUGCUGCACAGCACCCGGCCAUUGCCAAAUCGGUGGAGAACUUUGUGAGCCUGGUCAAAGGCCUCCUGGAGAAGCUUUUGGACUACCGGGGCGUGAUGACAGACGAGAGCAAAGACAACCGCAUGAGCUGCACUGUGAACCUGCUGAAUUUCUACAAAGAUAAUAACCGGGAAGAGAUGUACAUCAGGUACCUGUACAAGUUGCGUGAUCUCCACCUGGACUGUGAUAAUUACACAGAGGCCGCCUACACGCUCCUUCUGCACACGUGGCUUCUCAAGUGGUCAGAUGAGCAGUGCGCCUCACAGGUCAUGCAGACCGGCCAACAGCACCCUCAGACACACCGGCAGCUGAAGGAGACACUCUAUGAGACCAUCAUAGGCUACUUCGACAAAGGAAAGAUGUGGGAAGAGGCCAUCAGUCUGUGCAAGGAGCUGGCAGAGCAGUAUGAGAUGGAAGUCUUUGACUACGAGCUACUCAGUCAGAAUCUGAUUCAGCAGGCAAAAUUCUAUGAAAACAUCAUGAAGGUCCUCAGGCCGAAGCCAGACUACUUUGCUGUUGGAUACUAUGGCCAGGGUUUCCCCUCCUUUCUGCGGAACAAAGUGUUCAUCUACCGAGGGAAGGAGUAUGAGCGAAGAGAGGAUUUCCAGAUGCAGCUGAUGAGCCAGUUCCCCAACGCAGAGAAGAUGAACACGACCUCUGCCCCCGGGGAUGAUGUGAAGAAUGCUCCAGGCCAGUACAUCCAGUGCUUCACUGUCCAGCCUGUUUUGGAUGAACACCCUAGGUUCAAGAAUAAACCAGUGCCUGACCAGAUUAUAAACUUUUACAAAUCCAACUAUGUGCAAAGAUUCCACUAUUCCCGGCCCGUGCGCAAGGGAACUGUGGACCCUGAGAAUGAGUUUGCUUCCAUGUGGAUUGAGAGAACCUCCUUCAUUACGGCCUACAAGUUACCAGGGAUCCUCCGCUGGUUCGAGGUGGUCCACAUGUCCCAGACCACAAUUAGUCCCCUGGAGAAUGCCAUCGAAACCAUGUCCACGGCCAACGAGAAGAUCCUGAUGAUGAUAAACCAGUACCAGAGUGACGAGAGCCUCCCCAUCAACCCGCUUUCCAUGCUCCUCAACGGCAUCGUGGACCCUGCAGUCAUGGGAGGCUUUGCCAAAUACGAGAAGGCCUUCUUCACUGAGGAGUACAACAGGGACCACCCUGAGGACCAGGAGAAGCUGAGCCACCUCAAGGACCUGAUCGCAUGGCAGAUCCCCUUCCUGGGAGCUGGAAUUAAGAUCCAUGAGAAAAGGGUGUCAGAAAACCUGCGGCCCUUCCACGACCGGAUGGAGGAAUGCUUCAAGAACCUGAAAGCGAAGGUGGAGAAGGAGUAUGGCGUCAGAGAGAUGCCUGACUUCGACGACAGGCGCGUGGGCAGGCCCAGGUCCAUGCUGCGCUCCUACAGGCAGAUGUCAAUCAUUUCUCUGGCUUCCAUGAAUUCUGACUGCAGCACGCCCAGCAAGGCAACCUCCGAGAGCUUUGACCUGGAGCUGGCAGCACCCAAGACUCCCAGGGCAGAGCAGGAGGAGCCCAUUUCCCCGGGGAGCACUCUGCCCGAGGUCAAGCUGCGGCGCUCCAAGAAGAGGUCGAAGAGAAGCAGUGUAGUGUUCGCGGACGAGAAGGCAGUGGCUGAGUCGGAACUGAAGCGGCUCUCCAGGAAGCAUGAGUUCAUGAGUGAUACAAACCUCUCGGAGCACACAACUGUUCCGCCCAGAGCAUCCGUCCUGUCCCAGAUGAGCUUCGCCAGCCAGUCCUUGCCCACCAUCCCAGCUCUCACACUCUCCGUGGCUGGAGUGCCGGGGCUGGACGAAGCCAGCACAUCACCACGCCUCAGCCAGGCCUUCCUCCAUUUCUCAGAGGGCGACAAGAAGACACUCAAAAGGAAGAAAGUCAACCAGUUCUUCAAGACAAUGCUGGCCAGCAAAUCGACUGAAGAAGGCAAACAGAUCCCGGACUUGGUGCCCUCUGACAUGUGAGAUGCUGCUGGCCACAGCUGCCCUGGGGAGCCAGAAGGAGAGAGGCGGGGGCAGCAUGGUGCCCUGAGACUUUGGCGAGAGGGGAGACUGUUUCCAUCUGCUGUCCCUGCUUCAAGGAACCCUGGAACCAGCUGGCUUCCAGAACUUGAAGGGCAGCUGAGUUGGCAUGGCCUGGGGCCAUGACAAUAGUGAUGGAUGGAGACAACCCCUCUGUGGAUUCUGUCUUGAUGCCCCGGUGGGAUGCAGUCCCCAGCAUCUUGGACACGUCUGUUUGAUGUGCAGGUUCUGUUUGAGGCCAGGUUCUUAGGUAUAAGGAGAUCUAAUUCUUAUUUCGUUUUUUUCCUAAAUCCUAGCACUUAAAGGAAGAACCUUUUCAUCAGUCUUUUUUUUUAUUUUAUUUUUGGUUUAACAGUUUUGUACUUGAUAUUUUCUUAUACAGCCUGAUGGUCUUUUCUCUAGCGGAUCAUCUCACAGGUAUCGCUGCUUCUUACUGACAAUAAAAGUGGUCCAUGGCUCAUGAAA